AUGAUUCAAAUUCCCAAAGACAUUAAGUUGAAAGAUAUUGAUUCAAAAGUGCAAGGAAGAGUUCCAAUUUCUGGCUACAAAAAAAGGGAUGAUUGCAUUUCUAGGUGGAGAUUUGACAUUGAACUGCUGAAUAAGAUGGAAGCGGAACUGACUCAAGUGGAUAACUUUACGAUGAAACCACCAAGUACUAAAGUAAUCGCUGAAGAUCAUCCUAAGAUGUUCGAUUAUUCUCCCCAAUCACAGAAAGAUCCCGUCCGAUUUUUGUAUUCGAGAUACUACAGUAUAUUAUAUUCAUUAAAUACACCUUUGAGCUACUUCCCAAAGACUACAAUUAGUCGUCUCAAAAAUUUAUGUGGAAAUGAUGCUGAUGUUAUGAAAGAACAUUUGUCAAAAUUACACUUAUCAGUUAAGGAAUUAGAUGAUAGACACAGCGGAAAGUAUGGAAUAUUGAAAACUCUUGAUGUUAAUGAAAUCGAAAUACCUGAUUUUGAUAUGAAAAUAAAAUAUGAAAAUCAAAAUCAGAAGGAAUUUUUGAUUAAGAAUCAUGAUUUAUUUAUUAAGUUGAGGACAACGGAGAAUAAUCAAAAUAACGUAAGUGACAGUAACAAGAAUGCCAAUCAGGUAGAAAAGGUCCAGUUUUCUGAGAACAACAACCUAUCAUUUGUUUUUGAUCUCAAAGUUAGAGAAGCUCAGUUGCAAAUUUUAAUAUUAUUAGAAUUGCUUGAUUGCUGGCAGGUGGUGGAAAGUGAUUUUCUUGCUACCAAUUUAAAAAGGCAAGAAAAAGAGGAAAAACAAAAGACAAAACAAAAAAAGAAGUCAUUGGUACGUAAGAAAUCAAUCACAUCCAAGAAAAUCGUUCCUACUUUCUUAGGAAUGGGUGUGGAUAUUCAAGAUAAGCAUAUAUCUUCGCAACCGGAAUCAACUGAGAUAAAUGAAUAUAUCGUCUAUGAAACUUUGAACACGCUACUCGAUAGAAUUGGCCUUUGGGAUACUUUAUUGGAUAGGCCUACUGGAGAUAAAGAUGAAAGUUCGCUUGGAUUUUUGGCGUAUGUUUUAAUACCGUAUUUUCGUCAAAGAUUACCAUUGACAAUUAAAUAUAUUAUAGAGCGAGUAAAAGGGCUAAAUUUGAAAUUAAACUCUAAGUUGAAUAGACAAAAUACGCAGAAGCAAUCGAAUUCAAAUGAGAUAAAAGACAUAGCUAAUGAGAAGGCGACUACUAAUACACAUGUUAAUCGAACUUCGAAAUUUGCAAAAGUUCAUAUUGAUCCUAAGCAAGUUCCAUUUCUUAAAAAAUCUUCUUCAACAAUUUCACUGAACUAUGAUUUAUUACCUGCAUUUUCUCUUAAGAGGUCUAAAUCAACCUUGUCAUCCAAAAAUUUACAAAAGAGACAAGUGGAUAUGUCUCUGAAUUUAAAAUCCUUCAGUGAAUCCAAUCGUGAUAAUAAUGAAAAGCAACCUACUGUAUCUAGAAGCUAUUUAGAAAAAUCAGAGUCUGAGAAUAGAAAGCAAAUUAUUUUCGGAAAUGCAAAGAAGCUUAAAUCGCAGCCAGAUAUUAGACUGAAUAAUAAACAUGAGGCAUUUUCCCAAGUUGAAGCUACACCUGCAAAAAAGAAACCAGAAGGAGUUUUUGCUGGCAUUUCUUCAGAGAUAACUACGCCGACACAUCCCAAUCGAUACCAAAGCAAUUCAAUUGCAAAAACGCCUGUUGGUCAAUUUAUUCGUCCAACAGUGGCUGCUUCUUAUAAAGAAACAACAAUUCCAUGCUCCACAGUCAAAGAUAGACCGUCAUUAAGCGAUAGAUUGAUAAGUGCAUCAUUGGCACCACCUGUCGAUGUGAUUGUCAAUUCAUCUCCAGUGAAUACACACUCGGCUCUGAAAAUAAAUGAACCAACACCGGAAGUCAUCGCGAGCUCACCAUUCAAUAGCAUCGCACCAGUGGUAGAUUUAAAGUCCUCACCACUUCAGGCAGAAUUCAGCAGAAAAAGAAAGAAGCCUGGUGAACCAAUCUCAUAUCCAGAUUCAGCAUUUUUUGAUACUACUAUGAAUGGAUCCCCUGUCUCGACUCUAUUAAAGGAAGCAAAUACGAACGAUUCAACUUCUAUAUUUAAGAGAAGCAGCACGAAAAGAAAUAAGUCGACUUUGCCAUGCCUUAAACAAACAACUGUGAACAUAAUUAAUGAUAGCGAUAUCGUAUCAAAUAUACGUAAGAAUGACCAGGAAUACACAGACGAUGUUGAUUCAGAUUAUGAAAGAUUAAUGAAACCACAACCCUCAUCUAAUUAUGGGAUAAAUAUGCAGAAAGCAUUUAAAACUUACAAAAGGACAAAACGAAUUGAAUAA